AUGUACAGGAAGAACUAUGGCCACGCACACGGGAGGGGGAGUUUAAAGGCGGUGAUUAUUCCCCCUCCUCCCGAAUUUAUUUAUUUCACUUUUCUCCCCCGAAUGUCCUUUUGCAUCUGAUUGCAGCGUGUUAGUGUGCAUUUAACCGGGGAUUUUCUCAAGGGGGCAAAUCCUGGUUUGCUUCCUAUAACUGCUGCAAAGCGGCGCGAGCUCGUUUGCCAGGGCUGGCGUUGCCUCCUGUCUCUCACGGCCACUUCCCGUCACGGAGGAACCGUGUAAGAGGACGGAGGGAGCCAGCUCCGGGAAGGCAAGCGAUCGGUCCAGGAAAACGCAGCCCCAUCCGUGGAGGCAAGGAAAAGAUUAUCGCAGCUUAACGGAUCUGCAUUUAGUACCAAUCAGUACCGUUUCGAAAGUCUUUUUUUUCGGACGGAUAGGUGACCGGCCCUUCUCUUUUCCCCGUCCCGAGUAGGUCUACAGGAUUAAUGGGACAUUUGCCUCCGUAGGUCUCGCUCCCCCCGACGGACCCUCGCUGCAACUUUACUCCGGCGCUGUCCAGCCUCUGGUCGGGUGAGGGGGGGUGAGCUGCCCCGCGCCUCGCCCGGGUCGGGCAUAGGGGCCGCAACGCUAGUCUAACAUGGCAGGAAACAUCAAGAAAAGCGUGGGGCUGAUCGGCAUGAUGAAGGACGCGUUCCAACCCCACCAUCAUCACCUUCAUUCCCACCACCAGCCCGGGGCCGUGGACAAGAAGACUGUGGAGAAAUGCUGGAAGCUCAUGGACAAGGUGGUCCGGCUGUGUCAGAACCCCAAGCUGGCGCUGAAGAACAGCCCGCCGUACAUCCUGGACCUGCUGCCCGACACCUACCAGCAUCUGCGCACCAUCCUCUCGCGCUACGAGGGCAAGAUGGAGACGCUGGGCGACAACGAGUACUUCCGCGUCUUCAUGGAGAACCUGGCCAAGAAGACCAAGCAGACCAUCAGCCUCUUCAAGGAGGGCAAGGAACGCAUGUAUGAGGAGAACUCGCAGCCCAGGCGGAACCUGACCAAGCUCUCGCUGAUCUUCAGUCACAUGCUGGCCGAGCUCAAGGCCGUUUUCCCCAACGGCCUGUUCCAGGGUGACAACUUCCGGAUCACCAAGGCGGAUGCGGCAGAGUUCUGGCGGAGGUCCUUUGGGGACAAGACCAUCGUGCCAUGGAAGAUGUUCCGUCAGGCCCUGCAUGAGUUCCACCCCAUCAGCUCAGGCCUGGAGGCCAUGGCCCUCAAGUCCACUAUCGACCUCACCUGCAACGACUACAUCUCCGUCUUCGAGUUUGACAUUUUCACCCGCCUCUUCCAGCCCUGGUCCUCGCUGUUACGAAACUGGAACAGCCUGGCUGUGACUCACCCCGGGUACAUGGCCUUCCUCACCUACGAUGAGGUCAAGGCCCGUCUGCAGAAGUUCAUCCACAAACCUGGCAGCUACAUCUUCCGCCUGAGCUGCACCCGGCUGGGCCAGUGGGCCAUCGGCUACGUUACCGCUGACGGCAACAUCCUGCAGACCAUCCCGCACAAUAAGCCCUUGUUCCAGGCCCUGAUUGAUGGAUUUCGGGAAGGCUUCUAUCUGUUCCCAGACGGCCGUGCUCAGAAUCCCGACCUGACGGGUCUGUGUGAACCGUCUCCUCAGGACCACAUCAAGGUCACGCAGGAGCAGUACGAGCUCUACUGCGAGAUGGGUUCCACCUUCCAGCUUUGCAAGAUCUGUGCCGAGAACGACAAGGAUGUGAAGAUUGAGCCAUGCAGCCACCUCAUGUGCACGUCCUGCCUCACUGCCUGGCAGGAGUCCGAGGGCCAAGGCUGCCCAUUCUGCCGUUGCGAGAUCAAGGGCACGGAGCCCAUCGUCGUCGACCCAUUCGACCCCAAGGACAACAGCGGCUUCUCCUAUGGUGGCUGCAGGGGGGCCCUGGGGGCUGAGGGGACCCCCUCCCCCAGCUAUGACGACGAUGAUGACGACCGGCUGGAUGACCCCCACCUCAUCAUGAGCAGGCUGGCCUGUGAUAAGGUGGAGCGCCCCCCCUCGCCCCUGUCGCUGACCCCCCAGGCAGCACUGCCGCCAGUACCCCCCCGGCUGGAUCUCCUACCACACCGGCCCCCCUCUGGAGCCUCCAGUCCGGGAGCGACGUCAAAGGCUGCAGCUCACCACAAGGACAAGCCCCUCCCACUGCCACCAACGCUGCGUGACCUGCCACCCCCCCCACCCCCUGAGCGCCCCCACUCGGCGGGGGCCGAUGCCCGUAUACUGCGCCGCCCCUUGCCCUGCACACCGGGGGAUCCUCCGCGGGACAAACUACCGCCUACUCCACCCAACCGGCCCACGGCGGACUGGACCGCCCGGCCUGUUCCCAAGGCCCCCCCGCAGUCGCUGGGCCUCCGUGACCUGUCCAACCGCCAUUCCCUGCCCCUGGCACUACCCUCGGACACACAGAAGAACAGCGGAGCUCUCAGCCUGGAUCCUCAGCUGAGUGGCGGUGCCGGGUCCUCUGCGCCCGUGGAGGGGGACGUACCCAGGGUCAAGUGCUCCGUCUCCGCCAAUGCCAUCUACAGCAUGGCUACCAGGCCCCUCUCCAACCUCAAACAGCCCCUUGCAGCCGAGGUCCAUGAAGGUGAUGAAGAGUCGGACUACAUGACCCCCAGCUCGCGGCCCGCCCUGCCGGGCCUGGCUGCCAGCAUGGGAGAAGCCGCCUCUGGCCCACGGCCGUCUCAGUCUGGCAUCCUGAGCUCACGCUCCCUGCUGGCUGACCUGGACGUUGAGACGUAUGAGUCCAUGUACAACAUCCAUGUCCACGCGGCCGCCGCACUUGAUGCUUGCCAGGCCGGAGACUCUGAUUACUCUGAGCUGCCCACCACAGUCUGCUCCAACGGCCCUGAUGCGACAGGAGAUGAAGAUGAGGAAGACGAGGAUGAUGGCUACGAAUUCCCUAAACCGGUCCUGCCCCAGUCAGGUCGACCUGCCUUUCUGGAGCCCUCUGCUGCCUCCCCCUCUCCCUCCACAUCCUUCAGUCACCUCUGUCUGGACAGUGAAUCCUGUGCAGCAACCGCAUUCCCCCCUGAGCUCGGAAACGCCCCAGAGAGGCCACCCAAACCGCUGCCGCGACGGAUGCCCGUGGAGCAUCGGGGGAGCCCCGGGGGCAGCCCUGCACCCACCCCACCCCCCGCUCCUCCUGGAAUCAGCAGUGAGGUGGAACAGCUAAGGAGCCUGGGCUACUCCUACCAGGACAUCCAGAAGGCUCUGAUGAUCGCACAGAACAAUGUGGAGAUGGCCAAGAACAUCCUGCGAGAGUUUGUCUCCGUCCCUUCCCCGGCUCACAUCCUCACAUAGCGCACGUCCCCCCCCCCUUGGCCAUUGCCGCCCAAUUGGCUGGGUCUUGCCCCCAUGUGAGCUUUUCAGAUGGUUUUGCUUUCUCUUGUGUGGUUGAUGACUCACAAGGUUGAUAUCUUUAAUUUUUUCCACCAAGAAAUGGAUGAAGUAUAAAUAUCUGUAGUAAGCCUGAAUCUCCCCCUCCUGGCUCUGAGCUGCUACUGACUGGCUGGGAAGUACUCGGGCUGUACUCGGACUGGCUGGGAAGUACUCGGGCUGUACUCGGAGCCCUCUUUGACACACUUAUGUGCCAGCAAGUGUACUUUUAUCCCCUAGUUUUUAUACCCCAACCACAUAUUCACACACAGCAGCAUGGUUCUGACGCUCCAAGCUUGCCUUAUAGUCUCUGCUGAUGACAAAUGCCUCCUGCUGAGAGCUCUGUAGCUACACACGGUCAGGGGGAUUGGCUCGUCUGGUGGUCGUCUCCCCCUGUGACACGAAUGUCAUGCCUGUUUUCCAAGGAAGUCGCGCGCACUCAUCCGCAGAACUCGGAAGCUGACACUGACCCGCAGCAGGGGAUUCUGGGAGGUCCGUGUCAGACUCAUGUGACUCCCCUAGACGCGAUGAGGGACUUUGCGGCCUAGCGCCGUAUUGAAAUAAAUGUGGACCACUGUAAUGCCCCACCUCUCAAGUAGUUUUUCUUCCAGAACCCAUUCAGUGAACCUUUGAAUGACCGGCUUAUAUGGGUGAAGAGAGAACAUUUCAAAGUGUGUUGAUUAAUUGGUGAGGAAGCUAAUUUACUAAUGUAGAAGCCCCCCCACCCCCCAAUGGUGGGAGGUUGUGAAUGGGUCCGAACAUGUUCAACGUGUUUAAAACCUUAUCGUUGUUAUUAUUGUUAUUAUUAUUAAUAAUAAUGAUAGUUCAGAAGUGCUUUACUGCUGCUACUAUUGUCAGUGCUAAACAAUUAAGCCUUAAGUGUACAUUUGUGAAUAUUGUAUGGUUUAACAGUUUAGUUUUUUUUUUUUUUAGUUCGUUUUAAAAGUGACAAUACGCUUUAUUUUCUUUAUUUUGUGGUGUAGCAUACUUGAAAAAUAUAAGCAGCUUGUGAAACCGCUGCAAGGCCUCUGUUGACUUCAGACUUGUUUUUUGUAAUUACGAUACGUUUCUGAGCGGACAGUCGUGUGCAACAGCACAGGGUUUAAUUGUAGCAGGAAAUGGUUUGAUUUUAAAAGUCGAGAAAUGCUAAUUCAUUAAAUACAAAUAAAUUAA